AUGAUGCCCGAUCCUCAUGAUAUUUUAUUGAAAAUCACACGGCAACAACUGUUUGCGGGUUCGGAUUUACAUUUGUAUAGUAAUGAAAUGCUUGAUAUGCAUGAUGGAGAUAUUCUCGGUCAUGAAUUUAUGAAAAUUAUCGGACAAACUGGUGAACAAGUGAAGAAAUUCAAAUUACUCGAAAUGGUUCCUGGUGGCGUCGAUUGUUCUUUAGAAGCUGCUGCUGGAACCAUUGCAAUUAUUGGUGUUUAUAAUAAUGUUGUUAAUCAUUUUCCAAUUGGAUUGAUGAUGGAAAAACAUUUAACAGUUGUUGGUGGACAAUUUUAUGCACAAAAACAUUGGGAAACAUGUUUAGAUCAAAUUCGUUCAGGAGAAUUUGAUCCAACUUUUGUUAUUUCACAUCGUUUAACACUCAGUCAAGUCCCUGAUUAUUAUAAGGGUCGAUCAUUCCGGCGACUGGAUCCGUUGAAAUCUGAGUCGGUUCCGGUACAGCUCUUCUCGAUUCCGGCCGGAAUUGCACAGGAAAUAUCCGAUCAGUUCCUGACCGUUUCCAGCUCGAAGUUUGCAGGAAACGGUCGGGAAAUGACUGGAACCUACGUUUGA